AAAUAUACGUUUAAAGAAUGAAUCCAGAAUAUGAUUAUUUAUUUAAAUUAUUAUUAAUCGGAGAUUCGGGUGUUGGAAAAAGCUGCCUACUUUUGCGUUUUUCAGAUGACACUUAUACAGAAAGUUAUAUAUCAACAAUUGGAGUUGACUUUAAAAUUCGUACAAUCGAACUUGAAGGAAAAACUGUAAAACUUCAAAUUUGGGAUACUGCAGGACAAGAGCGUUUUCGAACAAUUACUUCUUCCUACUAUCGAGGAGCACAUGGUAUUAUUAUUGUAUAUGAUGUAACAGAUCAGGAUACAUUUAAUAAUGUUAAACAAUGGCUUCAAGAAAUUGAUCGUUAUGCAAGCGAAUCUGUGAAUAAAUUAUUAAUCGGAAAUAAAUCUGAUAUGGUUGAUAAAAAAGUGGUUGAUCCUUCUCAAGCAAAGGAACUUGCCAAUGGACUUAAUAUUCCAUUUCUUGAAACUUCUGCAAAAUCUUCAACUAAUGUAGAACAAGCAUUUGUAACUAUGGCUCAAGAAAUCAAAAAGCGUAUUGGUUCAGAUUCUGCAUAUGCAAUAAAUGGAAAGUCACAUAUCAGAAUCACCCAAGGGAGUAAUGUACAGCAAAAUACUUCGUUUGGUUGUUGUUAA